AUGGUCCAAGACCCCAACUUCUGGCGCCGCUUCUCGGUCGCAGUGCACAACGACGAAGCCGCCAUGCUCGCCGCAGAGGCAGGAAAAGGAAACAAGGAAGACAAACAUGCGUACGUCGUGUCACUAUCCUCCCCCAUAGAUUCGCCCUCGUCCGCCAGCACACCAACAUCGCAAUGCCACCUCUCCCCGGCCUUUCCUCCCGCAGCGUUCACCGGCCCUGCAACAGCCCCAGUGCACGUUAUCCAGUCCGAGAAAGAGAAGCGGAAGGAAGCGCGCAGGAGCAAAGCAUCAAGCGGGACGCGGAGCGUGUACUUUGAGGCCGCAGGCUGGAAGACACCCGAGAUGAUCGCCCUGCACAGACUGCCCUCCUUCCCGCACUCAUCGCACACACCCACCCCUUCACUCCCCUCCACACCGCACUCCGCACACUUCGCUCUGGCAGCGGAUUCCCCGCCCUCCAAACGCGCAAGCAGACGUGCAUCACGCUUCCGCUUCGCACUCUCCUCGCACCCCCCUUCGCUGCCCCCAACACCAAAAUCCACAGCCUUCCCCGCCAGUACGUACUCGUCGCCGGCCUCGCAACACACGUCGCGCUUCGCCAAACACGCGAACGGCUCGCGACUCUCGCUGGGUAUCAGCCUGUCGGGGCGGCCGAAGAGCGCGUUCCGGUUCUGGACGACGAUUACGGCUGGCACUGUUGACGCAGAGACUAAUGCGGGUAUCAGGGACUCGUGGCUUGAGGGCCAGCAGCGCAAGGCGCGGCAGCGGGCGUGGAUGUGCUGGGCGUUUUGGGGCGUGUUCCUUGUGCUUGUCGCUGGGGCGAUUGUAACGGUGCUUGUGCUGCGGGGGAAGGGCAUGAUCUGA